AUGCUUUCUAAUAUUUCUGACAACCGAAUCACGGGCCAUGAGCUGUCGUGUGUCGACGAGCUUCUUCGGGAAAUAAGACACCACCUUCAUCCGAACAAUAUCCGUUGCUUCGAAACUUUUGUCGAGAGCAAGAUAGCUCAACUUGUGAACCCGAUCUCAGCGGCGAUGCAGAUUCGUCUUCAAGCUGAAGCAGAUCAGCAACAAGAAAUCUCACAGUCGCAGGUCCCACAGCCACUCCAGACAAUGACACAUCAAUCGGCCGCAUCCCUUGGCCUUGGAUACACGCAGCGUGGGAGCUCUGCGACACCCUAUACUUGA